AUGCCACCAAAGAAACAAGUCGAAGAAAAGAAGGUCCUUUUAGGUCGUCCAGGUAACAAUUUGAAGGCCGGUAUCGUUGGUCUAGCCAAUGUCGGUAAGUCCACUUUCUUCCAAGCCAUCACUAGAUGUCCUCUAGGUAACCCAGCAAACUAUCCUUUUGCUACCAUUGACCCAGAAGAAGCUCGUGUUAUUGUCCCAUCUCCAAGAUUCGACAAGUUAUGUGAGGUUUUCAAUAAGACCGCUUCUAAGGUCCCAGCUCAUUUGACUGUCUACGAUAUUGCUGGUUUGACAAAAGGUGCUUCUGCUGGUGAAGGUCUAGGUAACGCUUUCUUGUCUCAUAUCAGAGCUGUCGAUUCCAUCUAUCAAGUUGUUCGUUGUUUCGAUGAUGCUGAAAUUAUCCAUAUCGAAGGUGAUGUUGAUCCUGUUCGUGAUUUAGAAAUUAUCAGUACUGAAUUGAGAUUAAAGGAUAUUGAAUUCUCCGAAAAAUCUUUGGAAGCUGCUGACAAGAUUGCCAGAAGAGGUGGUCAAUCCUUAGAAGUCAAGAACAAGAAGGAAGAAAUGGCUUUGAUUGAAAGAAUUAUCCAACUAUUGAAGGACGGUCACAGAGUUGCCAACCAAUCUUGGACUCCAAAGGAAGUUGAAAUUAUCAACACCAUGCAAUUAUUGACCGCUAAGCCAUGUAUCUACUUGAUUAACUUGUCUGAAAGAGAUUAUGCUAGAAAAAAGAAUAAGCAUUUGUUAAGAAUCAAGGAAUGGGUUGACACAUACUCUCCAGGUGAUAUGAUUAUUCCAUUCAGUGUUUGUUUGGAAGAAAAAUUAUCUCAUAUGUCAGAAGAGGAGGCUGAAGAAGAGUUAAAGAAAUUAGGUGUUCAAUCUGCUUUACCAAAGAUUAUUACCACCAUGAGACAAAAAUUAGAUUUAAUCUCUUUUUUCACUUGUGGUCCUGAUGAAGUCCGUGAAUGGACUAUCAGAAGAGGUACUAAGGCUCCACAAGCUGCUGGUGUUAUCCAUAACGAUCUAAUGAAGACCUUUAUCCUAGCAGAAGUCAUGAAAUACGACGACAUCGUAGAAUACAAGGAUGAAGGUGCCAUUAAGGCUGCCGGUAAGUUGUUGAAGAAGGGUAAAGAUUAUGUCAUUGAAGAUGGUGAUGUUGUUUACUUUAGAGCUGCCGCUGGUAAGAAUUAA